AUGAUUCGACCUCUAGACAUGAUGAUGAGCCACGGAGGCUCCGACACGCUUCCUCGUGCAUCAAGUAGUAGUACAUUGAGUGAACGCUCUCCGUUGUUGCGUGCAAUGGGAGAUUCAACGUCCUUCGAGGACGCCUACAUGUCGAUCCCAGCGCCUGGAAGCGACAAUGGCCGUCUCUCCGACAAUGGUCAGUUCCAGCCACUGGUCUUUGCAGAAAAAGCACUAGCUGCGCUUUUAAAUGGAGUGUUACUGUACUCAUUGGGUUGUAUCGUGGGAGUGGCGCUUGUGUCGCUCAAUUUUGAAGGCGUUUUGGGUCCACGGGUCAAUUGGUGGCUAGUCUUUCUACCCUUUUGGCUUGCUAAUGUUGCCAUAAUAUACGCGCAUGUAACAUCAGUCCGUCAUGCAAAGACACUGCGGCGUUGGGCUGAUAUUGAUUCCAUGUCCAAUGAGCCGUUGUUGCCAUUGUUGCGACGGAUCGUGCUGGUCUACGCCAUUAGCUUCCCUUUGACAGUGCUGCUGUUCUGGAGCGAACUGGCCUUUUGCGCUAGUCUGCAGAAUACUACGGUCACUAGUCUUUAUAUCUGCUAUGCACCGUUGAUGGCAAUCCAAGUGGCCUUUGUGGUGAGAUAUCUACUCUGCCGAUCGGACAGUACAUUGCCGGGAGUGUGCUGGAUGCUGCUGUUUGUAUUUACAUUGCUACUGGCGUACCAAACUGACAGGCAACGUCGGCUGGAGAUGCCAGAGAUGACGCAGCCGCCGAUGUCGUGGUGGAUUGUGUUCACACCGCUCUUUGUCUUUGAACUACUCAUGGCGGGGUCACUGCUGCUUGUACUGUACAAUGAGUUUUCGGGUAUGUACCGUCUCACUCGGUGGCAAUUAGCAGCAAGUGUGCUCUACACACUGGCUCUGGUAGCAGGUGUCAGUGGCGAGCUUAUGCUCUUGGAGAAAGUAAAUUACCAUUGGGGAACUUUCACUUUUCCGUCUGGAAUGAUGUUUUUUGGACUGGUGUGCGCGUGUGUGGCCAUGUAUAUUGUGGGUCGCCACCACGUGGAAGACCUCAUGGCCUCGAAGGGCGGUGCGGUGCCUGUACCGUUGACAAGGACAGUGGAUGGAUGGAUUACCAGUCAUGCCAUCGUGGAGCAGUGGGUGCUCUUUGGAGAUAUCUACUUGACCCCGCAGGGCCUGCAACUCCGUAACCAGAAAACACGAAGUAACUCGGAUGACGAGUCGGAAGCAGCAGGCAGCCGAAUUUUGCGGCAAGUAAAGGGACUUUUCGUCCGAAUCACGUCGGAUGAAAACAUAAGUGACAACGAUCCAGAGCACCGCAUUCGUGACGCUCUGCGAAGAAAGACUUCCGGCAGCUACAGUGACAUCACAGUGGAGGUCGUCGAUACUCCCAAGACUCCCAAUGGUUUAGCUCACAAACGUUAA